AUGCUACUGCCGGUAUUUCUUUUCCUGGCACUUUUCCUCUCAGCCAAACAAGCCACUAGCGACGUCGGACCGGCCGACAACGGAGCAGUGUUCCGACAACUGUGCAAGCUUGUGGCCCUUGCGGAAAAAUCACCAGCGCUAGGACCGCACGCGACGCUAAACACGGCAGCUGUCACAGAAAUGGAAGAACUAAACAUCAGUCUAAGCCCAGCAACAUGGCAAGCAAAAUUUGCAAAAGCCGAAGUCACAGACACCCUAGAGGAGAUGAAAACAAAGGCUAACGUAACGGACGACAAUAUCGCUAAGGACUGGCACAACAAAUGGCGACAAUGGGUUCUAGCUUACAAAGCCACGCGGCCGGACACAGCAGCGGCUACAAGAAUAAAAGAAGCAGGCUUCAACAACCUUACGCCCGGAAGAAGAUGGGCAGCACAAAUGAGAGUCCAAGCACACUUAGCACGGGCGCAGGCCCUAUUAACAGAAGGAAAACAAUACUCAGCAGCAGCAGCAAAACCAACAGCAGCUGAUUACCCCAAGAAGCUUAAAGACGCGGUGUUGGGGGAUGACGUCGGUAAUAAAGCAAGUGUCACAAUAGCAAAAACUUUCUCAGGAGGCGCCAACAGCGGACGCUCGAAUGCCUGCGGUGGAAACAUCGCCAACCACCCAGCAACGACAGCAGCCGCGACGCUAAUGUGCGUAUGCGCCGAAGCAGCCGCAAACCAACCGGGCGGAGCCUGCAUAUCUGGCCAAACUGUAACAACGACCUGGACAACGGCGGCACCCCCGGCCUUAGGAGUGUGGACACAGCUAGCCGGCGAAUGCCCAGACGACGACGGAGCGGUGAUCAGUGCCGAUGCGCUCCUAACUCCGAUAAGAGAACUGAACAGCAUGGUAGUCAAACUUAACAACGCCGGUUUCCUCGGCAAAACAGUAACCAAAAGCAACUGCGACGGAAGCUCAGACGCGGGGGUAUGCGUCAAAUACAGCGAUUUCACGGGGAAGGGCGACAAAAAGUUCACGGACAUCCCAUGGGUAGUGAAACUUGUAAACCUCGCCCAAGACCUACAGCUACGGGAAGCGGCGGCCGCGGCGAUAAAAAAUAUAAACCACCAACUAAAAGCAGAACGAGAAGCAGCGUAUGCUUGUGCGACAGCGCUAACAGAACCCCCCACAACCGUCGAGACAAAGAGCUUAAGCUCAAAGACCAAAGAAGAUAAAGAAGGAUGCAAACAACAAAAAAGCAAUAAAACUGCAUGCACAGAGGCUAACUGCAAAUGGCAAGGAAAAACUGAAACAGAUGGUCCCUGCAAACCUAAAGAUGGAGAAGGACAAACAAAUGCAGCAGCAGGAACAGGAACAGGAACUGCAGGAGAUCAAAAGAAAGAGAGAGCAGCUUCAGCUUGGUGUGCAAAACACGGCACUGACGAGACAGCUUGUGAAAAUGACAAAACGGGGGAUAAACAAAAUUGCGCAUUCAGAAAGGGAAAAGAAAGUGAAGAUGAGCCAGAAAAAGAAAAGCACAGCCUUUGUAGCUUUAUUGUAAAUAAUAAAUUGGCUCUGAUAGCUGCUGCAUUUUUUAGUUUGGAAGCAUUUCAGAAUUGUAAAGACUUUUAG